AAGAAUUAGAGUUAAUUUUUAUUUAUUUUCCUUUUUUUUUUAAAAAAAAAAAUUUACUGUAUUUACGUUGAUGAUUAUAAUUCCUCUCCUUGCCAACAUGAAAUUCAGUAAAAUGUUGGAUCCCCAACUGACAACUGUUCCAUUGCAUAUGCCGAUCGGAUACAAAAUACAAUAGUGGCAUUUUCCCUAAAACCAGUAGCUUUAAGUCUUAUCCUCGCGCCAAAAGACCAUACUACCCUUCCCCUGCCAUUAUUCACAGUCGCCAGCGACCCCAUCACUUUCGCUAUAACUUAAGCACUACCUUAGCUACCAGAGAACCUGCAGAUAGAGCUGCAGAGCUUCAAUUCAAUCUCUCUCCCUCUGUCCAUCCACAGAUUCCAAAUUUCAAGUACACUGCUCCUCGAGUCUCUCCCCCAACCAAGCGACUCAGUCCACUCAUGUCGGCGAAGGACUGCGGCAACCACGGGCAGUCGAGGAAGAAGCUGCUGCGGGGGCUCCUCGCCGGGAUCCUGAUCCUAGUCUUCCUGGUCCUCCUCGCCGUCCUCCUGAUCUGGGCCAUCCUCCGCCCCACCAAGCCCACGUUCAUCCUCCAGGAUGCCACCAUCUACGCUUUCAACGUGUCGGCGCCGACCAACUCCCUCACCUCCAGCCUCCAAAUCACUCUCGCCUCCCGCAACCCCAACGCCAAGAUCGGCGUCUACUACGAUCGCCUCGACAUUUACGCCAACUAUCGGGGCCAGCAGAUCACUCUCGCCACCCGCAUCGGGCCCGUCUACCAGGGCCACAAGGAGGUCAACGUCUGGUCGCCCGUCCUCUACGGCCCCAACGUCCCCGUGGCGCCCUUCAACGGAAUCGCGCUCAGCCAGGACCAGGCCGCCGGCAUGGUGCUCCUGCUGAUCAAGAUCGACGGACGGGUGAGAUGGAAGGUGGGGACCUUUAUUUCCGGUGGGUACCAUCUGCACGUCACGUGCCCGGCGUAUAUCAGCUUCGGAAGCCGAAGCACCGGGAUUGUGAUCGGCGACGCCAUUAAGUACCAGCUCGUGCAGCGUUGCAGCGUCAACGUUUGAUGAUCAAGAAGGCAGCGCCGGCACCGGUAGCUCCUCUGCCUCUCUCCGUCUCUCUUGCCGUUUAAUGUCUAGCCGGGGGAAAUCGUGUUAAUUUAAUUGUGUUUUUUUCAGUGUUUUUUUACGUUUUAAUUCCGGUCGUAGGAGAUAUGGGGGAAUUGAAGAACUGCACAUUUUGCUAAAGGGAGUAAAAAGGGAAAAGAUGAAAGGGUAAAGGAGACAGAUAGCAAAAUUACAAUUGUUGUGGCACCUAAAGUUGUAUAAUUAAGUCUCGAUGAUCAGAUAUUUAUAUGUAUAUUUUGCAAUAAUAAUAUAUAAUAAUGAUAAUAAUAAUAAUAAUUUUGAAUGGA